AUGAAAAUAGGAAGAUUUUUGAUUUACUCAUCACCUGUUCUUGUGUUCACUGCUAUUAUUCUUGGAAUUUUUCUAAGUCUUGAUCACCCAGACAACAAAAAUGUCAGAGGAGAUGAGAAGAGGAAUGGAGGGAUAUCUUCCAGGAAAAUUAGUUUUUCUGAAGAUGAUAUCAUUGUUGGUAAAAUUGAGCACUCUUCCAAACAAGUUCAAACAGCAAGUAAGCGAAGAAAUGCCAAAGAGAGAGACAGAGAAGAUUAUAGACCAAGCUGUGUGGAGGAAAAAGGCACAGUUUCUUCAACAAGUGUUAACGAUAAUUUGGUUGAUAAAAGUGCCCUAAUAGAAGAAAACCCUAGAGAUAUUCGAGAGGUGGAAGUGCAUUCAAUAAUUGACUGUUCUGAGUGUUCCUCCUCCAAUGAUGUUCAGAUUUCAAAGCCCCUAUUUCAUGAUGGUUUUGAUGAAAGGUCCCAAAAAUUUACUAGAGGUGCAGGUGGUGCAAGUUCUGAAGACAGUGAAGAUGAAGAGGAUGUACAGGAGGAUGGAAAUAAGGCUGUAGAAUGGACAGAAGUUGAUCAGAAAAAUCUCAUGGAUCUUGGUUCUUCCGAAAGAGAGAGGAACAGAAGGCUGGAGAGUCUAAUUGCAAGACGAAGAGCAAGGAAAUUGUUGAGUCUUCAGGUCAGAAAGACACCGGUGAACAUGGGCAACAACGGCCCUCCUGGCCAUAUUGAUUCUGUUUUGAUACCAAGAAACAACCCCACUCUUGGCAACAAUUCUAGCAGUCAAUUUUCACCUACACCUGGCUCAGCUCCUUCUGUUUUAAUUCCAGCGUGCAAUCCUUUUGACCUCCCUUAUGACCCGUGUGAGGAAAAGCCCAACCUAACGGGAGAUAGUUUCCAUCACGAGUUCAUGGUAGCUCACCAGAAGGACAUGAUGUUCUGCAGGCAUGAAAGCUUCAGUCUUGGAGCUUUUUCCCUGUGGGAAUAUAAGCAAGAUCGAAAUGUGUUGUUUCGUGAAUUUGCAACCAAGCAGAGUGCUUUUGAGAGACCCGACUCCCAAUUAAGAAGUCAACCAGGUAAGGAAGAUAGCGAAAAGCAAGAGCUAGAAACAUCUCAAGAAGGUGAGCCCAUAUUGAAUGUUGAGAGUGCCUGUGAUCGUGUCAAACAAGAAGGUCAAGGGGCUGAACAGGUAUUUGAUUUGGUGGAUGAUCAUUAUGAAGAAUGUAGCAGUGAAUUUCAGACAAAGCAGAUGCUGGAUGAAGUCAUUAAGGUUGGAUCGAGAUCAUCAUCUUCAUCAGAAGCAGAUGAACCAAUAUCCAGAAUCAACAAAGAAGCAAUUUUAAAAUGCCUCUCUCGUUCAGUUUCAAGGAACAGAGGUGUAGAUAUAGAGGAUAAUAGUCGAAUAAAUGAUCUUUCCUUUGAUUCUGGUCUGCCUGGGUUCGAGAAGACAAAAGUGGAGGAACGCCUUUACGCUGUUAAGGAAAUGCAUCAUACACCUACUCAUUCUAUAGCUUCUGAUUUGCAGGUGGAGGUCUCAGAGGUUAGUUCACCUCCGCUGACAGUUGAUGAAAAUAUGUCAUUCUCCGAUGAACAAUCUUCAAUAAAUGACGGGGAUGCACAAAAGGAGAUCUCUUGUGACAGUGAAGAUACGUGGUUGGACUCAGCUAACCUGCCAAUAGUUGAUGAAAAUGAGUCAAGAUUGGGAGGAAUAUAUGAAAUCAGUGUACUAGACAUUAGAGAAGUUGAAAGUUCGAGAAUAAACCAUGAAUCCAAUGAUUCAGUUACAUCGGAUAUGCUGCCAGAAGUUGUGGAUCAAUAUUCCACCAACCCACUUUCCUCAUUACUUAUACCUGAACAAGGUCAAGCCAAUUCAACAGAUGACAAUUCAAAACAUCAAGAUAUGAUCCAAACAACUGGAAGUGCAUUGUCACCUGAAAUUUUGGGUUUGCCAGUGCUUGAAGGGCAACAGUCAACAGAGAAACCAGUUGCUCACCCAUCCCAUAAUGACGAUUUUAAAGACCCAGAAGAACCAUAUAGGCCGGAAAAGUCUAACAGGGAGUUAGACACCAAUAAUUCCAAGGUGAAAGCUUUGGAAGUCCCGACGAGCAAUGUCCUGAAAAUUUUGAGUACCAUCAACCACAUAGAGAAUGAAACCCACAUAUUGGUCAAGCAAGAAAAUUCCAGUGACCAGUCCAAAUCUUCAGACAUAAUCACUUUGAAAUUAGGCCAGUGUACUGGGAAGGAAUAUGAAAAACGAGAUGAGCAUCAGAAGACCAUCUUGGAGUCAUGCAAACAAAUUGAGGAUUUCGACAAUUUGAAUUCUUUUGGAGAUGUUGAAAGAGAGCCUGAAACUCUUCCUGAAUGCCUGGAUAUGGCAGUGAAUGCAAUGCCAAUUGAGAACAAUGAUAUAUGGAGUUCAAUUCAAGAUACAGAAGUUGAACAAGGAAAUGGUGAAGUUGGAUCGCUUAGUGUUGGCCAGAAUUUUGUUGAUCCUAAUGCAUUGACUGUUACAGCAGAAUCAGUGGUUGAUCAAGUUCCUAUUGCCUCAAGUUUAUCCUCAUCUCCGACGUCUGUAUUACAGCCGAAAUUCUCAAUAGAUCAAGCCUCCUCAUUAAGUUUUGAUCAGGAGAUAUCCCCGGAGGUCCAACAAUCUUAUUCAGAUACAUUAGAACAUAAUUUGAUGGAUGAACUGCCGCCUGCAAAUAUAAUUCUGGCUGUUCCUCAAAAUGCGGUGUGUAUGAUGGAGGAUUCAGCUGCUCACCCUUCUUGCAGUAGAGAUUGUGAUACGUUAGCGCAAAAGCAUGAAAAGAAAGAAAUGGCUAGACUGACAAUUGCACACCCUGACAAUGAUCAGGCACAAUCAGAUUAUGAAGGAAAAUCUACUGAAAAAGCCACCACCAGCUAUAAACUUAACAACUUAGUGGUCAGCCAAGAGGAAGGAAAACUGAAAUCUGUUGAAGAUAUUGAAGCUGAACAAAGGGCUGGUGUGGGACACAUGGAAUUAUCUAACGUAAUGAGUUCACAAUCUGCAGAAGAAACUACAGGUGAACUCAAAUUGGCCGACGAUGUCUAUGGUUUUGGACCUGCAAAACAAAGGAGGGAUUAUAAUGAGAAUUCAGGCACCAUUGUUAAAAGUGAAGAGUCGGAAGAAGCAAUGGGACAUGAGGACGUGCACCCACCAAUGCCAGCACCUGGUGCUAAAGAUAACUUGGAAGCAAAUAAAGAUGUUAUAUUCAUCACUCAAUAG